AUAUUUGUUCCUCAGUUUACACUAGACUUCGAGAUGCAGAUUUUUGUGAAGACAUUGACUGGUAAAACGAUCACUUUGGAAGUCGAACCGAGUGACACCAUUGAGAAUGUGAAGGCUAAGAUCCAAGAUAAAGAAGGAAUUCCACCCGACCAACAGCGUCUGAUCUUUGCUGGGAAACAGCUGGAAGAUGGUCGUACAUUGUCUGAUUACAAUAUCCAGAAAGAGUCCACUCUUCACUUGGUGUUGCGUCUUCGUGGUGGUAUGCAGAUUUUUGUGAAGACAUUGACUGGUAAAACGAUCACUUUGGAAGUCGAACCGAGUGACACCAUUGAGAAUGUGAAGGCUAAGAUCCAAGAUAAAGAAGGAAUUCCACCCGACCAACAGCGUCUGAUCUUUGCUGGGAAACAGCUGGAAGAUGGUCGUACAUUGUCUGAUUACAAUAUCCAGAAAGAGUCCACUCUUCACUUGGUGUUGCGUCUUCGUGGUGGUAUGCAGAUUUUUGUGAAGACAUUGACUGGUAAAACGAUCACUUUGGAAGUCGAACCGAGUGACACCAUUGAGAAUGUGAAGGCUAAGAUCCAAGAUAAAGAAGGAAUUCCACCCGACCAACAGCGUCUGAUCUUUGCUGGGAAACAGCUGGAAGAUGGUCGUACAUUGUCUGAUUACAAUAUCCAGAAAGAGUCCACUCUUCACUUGGUGUUGCGUCUUCGUGGUGGUAUGCAGAUUUUUGUGAAGACAUUGACUGGUAAAACGAUCACUUUGGAAGUCGAACCGAGUGACACCAUUGAGAAUGUGAAGGCUAAGAUCCAAGAUAAAGAAGGAAUUCCACCCGACCAACAGCGUCUGAUCUUUGCUGGGAAACAGCUGGAAGAUGGUCGUACAUUGUCUGAUUACAAUAUCCAGAAAGAGUCCACUCUUCACUUGGUGUUGCGUCUUCGUGGAGGUUAACUUUAUUUCAGUUCAUUUACCUUAAUAAACUUUUAAUUUAACUUAGUUCUCUAUUUGUUUUGUUCUUGAUUCUUCGUGUGUGUGUCUAGUGUAACUGUGACUCCUAAUCAAUGUAGAUUUGCUGGUGUUAUGCAAUUAAGCCUAUCGAGUUAUGUUGUGCCAGUUACCUGAAUUUAGUAAGUUUCGAUGUUCUGAUUUUAUUAGGAUUAGUGUCGUAUUGAUUUGUAUCCGUCCUUGAUCUUACUGCGUUGGUCGCUUUGCUAACUUGGAUGUUCGUCGUACGUUAUUGCCUGCUCGGACUCGUAUGCUGAAGUGUACGUGCGUCCUGUCAACUAGUAAUUAAUGUUCGUAAAAAGUCUCGUGGAAAAGUUUACAUGCUCUAGGCUAGCCGAAUAUAUAUAUAUUCUCUUCAUGACUGUCCGGGUGACAUGUGCGUGAGUCCAGACUACCUGGCUGAGGUCCGAGUAAUCGUUUUUAACAGUGGCUACGGACUGGUUGACAUAACUAAAAAUAGUUCGCAGUAGCCCGGGCGCGUUUAUGUGAUCUUCCCUUUGAUUCUAAAUCGAAGUUUUAGUUGUUAGUCCAUACUUUCCCAAGCUAUCUGCGAUGCUUGUUCCUUUUGUCACCAUUGCAGUUACUACUCCUGACAACCUGGGUAUGGUUUUGAUAAUUUCGUCUUACCAUGAGAAUGGGGCGUGAAUGGUGAACCAAGCGCAGGAGGUUAAUAAUAUCGAGGACUUCGUGAGCUCAUCUUUUCAAUUAUAAUCGGCCAGACUCUUGACCGGUAUCUUUACUGAAAACCAGUUUUGAAAUAAAUAUCUUAGUAAGUUUUGCGGCGUGGCUUGAUGUCAUUUUAACGGGACUAGCGUGUUUGUUUCCAGGAGCUCUUCAUGAAUGAGGUGUCAUUUGUCUCAUUGCCCUAUCAACUUUUCUCAACCUCGUCAAAUAUAGGUGUGAUAACGUAGUCCUGCAUGGUAUGAGGUUGUGCGCAAUCGUUCGUUAUGCCUAACGUGUCAGCAUCGUCUUAGCUUUUACAGGUUGGGGCUUGAUGUUUUCGCCCGAAUCAAUAGCCGUUGUGCGACAGUUCGUUAACCUGAAAGUAAAGCGAGCGUCUGGUAUUUCCACGUUUGUUCACAACACUGCUGUUAGUUUAUUCAAUAGUUUGAUUGAUAAUGCUUAUUAGUCGUCCGUUAACGUAUAAACAGACUUUUAGUUUGUACUGGUUCUUAAUUUCUAGGCUACAGGAAAAUCUCAGUCUCCUUAGACGUGGGAUGUUGAUAUCAGUAUUCCUCUUAGGCGUUAACUGGUUAAGUAUUAGCUUGGAUUUUUACUUACGACUAGUAGGAUCUUCUCCAGUUUCAUUUUAUAAUUUUAAUAACUUCGUCUAGCAGUAUCACUGAAUAUCUUGCAUUACGGAAAUCUUUCGUCCUUAAACUCAUCUGGGACUUCUGUCGGUCUGAAUCCGGAUAAAGGAUAAGGGUUGGGAGUGGUGUUCGAAGCCCUUUGUUAAGGAAAGCUGCUCCGAAUCACUAAUCAGAGUUGGAGAUCCUUAGAUAAUGCAUGUACCUUUAUUUCUUUUGACACUUAUCAUUGGAGGGGCUCUGGAUAUGUCUGCAUUCAAAGUGUUUUGAACGUACUAGAAUUACUUAAUUCGAAUGAAGCCUUAAAUAUUCACUAACUGGAGGAUUCCGAAUUCCUUAUGUUACUCAUCUCUGUUUUUGGCCUAGGGCUUGAGAAGCAAAAUGAAGACGGCUUGGUGUCAUACACUAAUGCCUUCUGGUUGGUUACUUUCUGAUAUAAUAGCAACAGACUAAAGAGCAUAUUUAAACAUACGGAGGUUUGAGAAUAUAACGGAAAGCUAAGCUGGCGACUUAUUCCAAUACCAUAUUACUAGAACAAUUGAUAGGAUACCUAAAACUAGCUAAGCUGACCAUUAGUUAAUUUUCAGUUUCAUACUAUCGACAUUAAUCGUAUACUGACCCUUGGUCUCUGAUUCAGAAAGUCACAAGGCACUUGAAAUGUUUAGGAUAACAGUCUUCUUCGAUUUCACUUCAGAUGUCCUUUUAGAUUACGACUUCGGACUACAACUUGGGCGUGCUGGUUAGAUGAUCAUAAUUCCAUGCUUUCAAUCGCUGGCAACUUAAGUUUAUGAAAAAAAAACCUAUUACUUUAUGAUAAUCACAGAAGAGUCAGCUUAACUAGCAUGGUUUUUAAGCAUCUUUGCCCAUUAGACAUUUGAUUAGAACAUAGGGAUAGGAAACCUUGGGUAGAUCACAUACAUCUCAGGUUUGGCUUGAAAUGUAUCGACCAAUCGUCGUCUCGAGACAUAGUAAACCUCAACGGACUAAGACUAUAUCCGAUUGCGUUGAUCGAGAGGUCUUGUGAUAGCAUCUUUUAUUGAAAAGCGUUAAACAAAUAGAUAUAAUCGACGUAGAAAAUAGCAGAUGUAUACAUCAGUUUACAUUACCACAUUUCACCUCAGCAUAAUGAGAAUAAAUUCGCAAAAAGAUAAGAAGCUGAAAAUAACAAUGUUUUCCCUAUGAACACUGAAAAGGAGUAACGUAGUCGUAGCACUUAACUGUAGUUAGUAGGUGUUAAUUGCGGGUAUAAUAAUACGGUCAAGAUUU